GAGCAUCUGACGCCGUCAUAACAACAUACAUCACCGUCCAGUCCCACGCGCAGACUUUCAGCACCUUUGAGGCGCUCACGUCAAGCCUAACAGCCUUGUUCAGGCCUACGGUAGUUUCAGCCUUUACACGCAGCAAGUAGCAUCAGGCGUUAAGCCAAGAAUCAAGACUGAAGCCUUGUUAGAGAGUCACGAGUAAGGCGUCGCUGGGAAGAGGAUAUAUCUUCAUCCCCACCUUCAAGAAACACGAGUUUGGGUCAAGAUGUAUACCUUGAAAAAAGUAUUUCCAUUACAUACAUGUAUGUUAAGGGCAUUUGCAGCAGAAGCCAAGGUGAAGCCAAAGUUUGACUUUAAACUUACAGAAAAUGUUGCUGAAAAGGUGAAGACAGGAUUGCUGAAGCCUCGUCAUCACCCAGGAGUUUUACGUGUUGGCUCAGUUUGUAUUCCUGAUGAUCUCUUACAAGCUGCUACCACUGCCCUUGUUGAUUAUCCUGUAGAAAAUUUGAUAAAGGAUGGGAAAAAGUUGUCAUCCUACAUUAAUUCCAGACACCCGCCACUGGAGAAAGAAGAGUACAAGGACAAACUGGCUAAAGUUAUAGAAAAAGUUAUGCAAACAGAGACCACCGACCCAAUGUCUCCUGGACUACAUGAAGAGGAGAGGAAACGGUUAUUAGAUUCGAGAAGAUCUAAAGUUCAUGAGAAAAUGAAGAAAGAAACUUAUAACUGGAGAGCUAUUGAGUAUAAUGAGUACAACGCGGCUCUUUAUGCUGUAGCACGGUUGGCCCCGGACUUUGCUUCAUUAAUUAAGAUAUUAAGCGAAAUAAAGAAACGAGAUCCAGAGUUCUCUCCUCCCACUCUACUGGAUUUUGGGUCUGGGGUUGGCUCCAGCAUGUGGGCUGUGGAUAGAACGUGGCCUGGUGCGUGCAGAGAAGCUGUAUGUAUUGAUGCUAGUGCAGAUAUGAAUACCUUGGCAGACAAACUUUUACGAGGUGGAAACUGCAAAAAACCCUUACGUGUACGGCCUGGAGGAACCUUCUUCAAGCAGUUUCUACCCACUUCCGAUGCUCAUAAAUAUGAGUUGGUGAUGUGUUCUCGUUCUCUGUUUGAACUGCCAGAUAUAGCAUCCAGACUUCGCACAAUUGACAUACUUUGGCGCAAGACUGGUGGUUACCUGAUAAUUAUAGAAAGUGGUACAAAUGCAGGGUAUAGGCUAGUGCUGGAGGCACGAGAUUAUGUACUGGAAUUAAGUAGGAGAGCCCAGGAGGAAGGAGACCCUAAUCUCCAAGGUCAUGUAUUCUCACCGUGUUCACAUGAUAUGUUUUGUCCACGAUUUUUUGAUGGCACUAAUAUUCCGUGUAACUUUGAAGUUUCAUAUAAACCAUUUACAUUUAAUAAAAAUGCUAAUGCAAAAACAGACAUAUUUAGUUAUGUUGUAUUGAAACGGGGAAAACGUAAUGAGGAUGUUGAACAGUGGCCUCGUGUAGUACAGAGUCCUUUGAAAUGCAAAAGGCAUGUUAUAUGUCGUACAUGUACAAAGUACGGUACACUCAAAGAAUUGACGGUGACAAAACGUAGGCAUGGAAAAGACUGUUACAGUGUGUGCAAAAGAACCUCAUGGGGUGAUUUGCUUCCUAUUGUUCUUCCGGAGCCAGAGCCAACAAAUACACUAGACUCGCCAACUUCCCUGUCCGAAAAUGAGAACUGUCAGUUAUCGAGAUAACACGUUAGCUAGUGUGUUUCUUAAAUCAAGAAAAUAGUAAUAAAUAACAGAAUCUGUCAUAGUUUGUAAAAUUAGUUUAAAUAGCAACAUUAAGAAAGAUCUAUUGGGGAUAAAAGCUAUUUGAUCUGAAUAGUCUAUUUGAAUAAAGUGUGUAUGUGUGAGAAACUACAGACAGAUUUCACUACCACCACCUUGCCUAACUUGUUCAAACACUACCAUUCUGUUUGCGAAAGUGAAUUUUCUCAAAUUUCUUCGGCAGCUUUAGUUAGUUUAAAUCAAUGACCUCUAAGUUCCAGAUCUCUGGAAUUCAUCCCUAUCAAUUUUAUUGAGUCGCAUUACUAUUUUGUACAUAGUGAUUAUAUUGCCUUUUUCUUCUAGUUUUUACCAUAUUUAAUGUGUGUAACCUCUCCACAUAGCUAUUGCCCUGUGUACUCGCCUAGUUGUGUUUGCGGGGGUUGAGCUCUGGCUCUUUGGUUCCGCCUCUCAACCGUCAAUCAACAGGUGUACAGAUUCCCGAGCCUACUGGGCUAUCAUAUCUACACUUGAAACUGUGUAUGGAGUCAGCCUCCACCACAUCACCUCCUAAUCUGUGUAGUAAGUACGGCUCUCUUGUACCCAGCACUUUGUCAUUCAAUUAUCUUUGCCUCUGUUAGGGAACAUAGGAAGGAAUUUUCUUUUUAUUGUAGUCAAAUAAAGUCAUAUUUUCAUAGCAUCAUUACCAUGUAUAUUAAUGGUACCUGUUGUAAUGAUACUGGGAUUACCGUACCCUUUGACCUAGUGCCCUUACUUAUCCAGUAUUCCUCCUCCUAGAGUCCCUCAGUGAGGUGUGUUAGUACUAGAGUAUCCAGCCUUGCUCCUAUUUAUUCUAUAGUACACCAUUUUCCUGGUUGCCCCUCAAUGUUCUUUCCUUCCUUGCCUCUGGAAUUUUCUUGGCUCUCUAUGUUGAUGGCCUUGGCCUCUGCUGUUGAGAUGACAUCCACCUUUCCUCCGAUGGCAGCUUCAACUUGUAAUUGAUGCCGUGUUGUCCUGGGCCACCAAUCACGGCUUUCUCUUGGAUGUAGAAAACCGUUUUAUUCAUCCAAGACUUGUGCUAUGACUUACUUUGAAGCAGGUCAUUCGUCAUCCCCUGUGUUGCUCUAUGGUAAUCCUCUUUUGUAUAAAGAGUCUGCUGAACUUUUGGGGUUAAUCCUCGACAAUCAUUUGUCUUAGUUGACCCAAAUCUCUUACCUCUGAGCUGAAUGCUGUAAGGCCCUCAACUCAAGUCUUGUCCCAUACCUUCUGGGAAUCUGAUAGAUGCACACACCUCUGUUUACAUUCCUCGCUCAUGUUGUCUGAACUAUUAUGGCUGUCCCGCUUACUUGUCUGCCUCUCCAACUCUUCGUUGUCUUGAUUCUCUGCACCAUACCCGAUUGUGCCUCUGUUGAAACUGGGGUCCUGUCUUUACAGAAUCGUCGUAAUCCUGUCUUUGCUACCUUGCGAGGUCCCUACAUCUUCCCUCUCCCUUAUAUUGUGCUUUGACUGUUGCCCCACCUGUGGGGGCCCCUGUUCUUUCACCAACUUCUUUUUUUGUAUGGUUGUCUCGUUUGCAAGAUUCUCUCUGUUUAUGUUCCCAAUAUUUCUUGUCGUUCCAUCCCUGUAGAGGGUCCCACUUCCAAAGUUUUGCAAGACCUUGACUCACAUGGCAAAGGCUUUUUACCCCUUCUACUGUUUUGAAAUGCCUUUUCCUUGCACUUUUUUUUCUUCACAAUCCCAGUCCAUUGCCGUCUUUACAGAUUGUUAUUAGUCUACUGACAGUGUAGGCUACUCGAUUGCAUUUCCUGACCACACUUGUGUCGCCUGCCCCCAAAGACUAGCAUCUUCACGGCAGAACUUUAUGCAAUUUUGUAUGCUCUUCAACUGCUUUCUUGCUGUUAAUAUUCCUUUUCAUUUCUGUCAACUCCUGCAGUGUCAUCAUACAGGUAUCAUGAUGGCUGAUGACAGCUAUCAGUUUUAAAUGGUUACAGUGGUCAAGCACAAAUAUUAGGAUUAAAUUAAAAAAACAACAGCUUAUUUAAAAAAUGUAUUUCUUUUAUAAAGUGUAUUUAUAGGACUACCUGUAAUCACUAUGCCAACCCUUUUAAAAAUGUCUGCAAAAUUUUGUUUACAGUACAUAUUUUUCACCAAAAAAACCUAACCUUGGAUCCCCUCCCUGCUUUGGUAAACUUAUGUAUUGCACAAUACCAAUAUAAAAAAACUUGAAUGGUUGAUAAGACUAAAUUAUCAGCUAAUAUGUAGCAAACAUUUAGGUAAUUAGUUGGCAUGAGUUUCUCAUAGAUAAUGAGUACUAAAUACAUUUAGUAUAUCCAUAGUGUGAACAUUUAAAUGCUAUACACUAUACAGUCAGCAGAUAAAUACUGCCGAUUUUAAUAUAUACACAGGAAAGUUUUAUAGGUACAAGUAAAAAGGUAGACUGAUCUAAUUACAGCUCAAUCUGGAAUGAUGUGAUUUUUUAAAAUGGAAUGUAAAUGAUUAUUAAAUUUAGUCAAUAAAAAUAAUAAUGCUCAA